UUCUACUUCAUCACAAUCUCAUCGUCGUCAUCGUCAUAAUUAUCAUCGAAACUUCUUUACGCGCGCUCGUAUACGUACAGUGAAUCGAAAAGAGUUAUAAGACGUGUGUACUUAAAUAGUCGACGAUUAGAACUGAUACGGCUAUAGUUGUUGGUGUGAUCUCCAAUAAGGGCGCAGUUCUAAUAUUUUUGCAAGAUGACAGUUUUGUUGAAGCAUUGGGUUUUGCCAGUGCAGCUGGUACUUUUUGGCCUCAUUACUACAGUGGUUUCUCAGUCAUCCUGCCAAUACGACAGUUGCGUGGUCAUCCAACAGUGCCCCAAGCUUCACAAGCUCCUUAUAACUCGGGAUCCAACGGCAUUCAAUUUGUUGACGUCGCGAAACUGUGGGUAUGAAGGACGAUAUCCCAAAGUUUGUUGUACAGAAGAGGAAAUGAACUAUCAGGAGGAUAACAAUAAUCAGAAAUAUAACGGUAAUAACGGUAAUAACGGUAAUGGCAAUGUACAACCUCCGUUCAAUGGAUCGACUGAGUCAAGAAACGUAAACUUGGGGGAGGCGAUGAAGCUUUUGCCAACUGAUUGCGGGCAGGACUUGUCUAAUCGCAUCAUUGGUGGAACCGCAACUGCUCUUGAUGAGUUUCCGUGGAUGGUACUCCUAGAGUACCGUAAACCCAACGGAAAGACAACAGCCUGCGGCGGAGCCCUCAUAAGUCGAAGGUACGUCCUAACAGCGGCUCACUGCGUCUCACCGGGAUCUUUGCCUCCCAGUUGGUCCCUGAUCGGUGUAAGAUUAGGUGAAUACAACACCGCGACCAAUCCAGAUUGCAUCGCCGAAGGUGAAUCGGACAUGGUCUGCGCCGACGAGCCCAUCACCGUUGGCAUCGAAGAGCGAAUCAUCCACGAAAGUUACGGUCCCAACUCGAACAAUCAACACGCUGACAUAGCCCUCAUCCGACUUUCGCAGGACGUGACCUUCACCGACUACAUAAAGCCCAUUUGCCUACCGAGCGGUCCAAAGGUCAGCAAAAAGCUGACAGUCGCUGGUUGGGGAAGAACCGAGAACAGGUUCGAGUCCGAGGUCAAGCUGAAGGUCACUCUGCCACCGGUCGAUCGUAACUACUGUUCGCAGAAGUACCCGAGAGAAAUGGUCGAGAGCCAGAUUUGCGCUGGUGGGGAGAAAGGCAAAGAUUCUUGCAGAGGAGAUUCCGGUGGUCCUCUUAUGCAACUGGCCAAGAGACCCGAUGAUAUUUUCAACAGGUGGGAGUCUGUUGGCGUUGUCUCGUAUGGUCCCACGCCCUGUGGAUUGGAGGGAUGGCCAGGCGUCUAUACCAAUGUAUAUUUCUACGUACCUUGGAUUCUGAGCAAGCUUCGAGGGUAA